AUGGCGGAUUUGGAAGAGCAGUUGUCUGAUGAGGAGAAGGUACGUAUAGCAGCGAAAUUCAUCAUUCAUGCCCCUCCUGGAGAAUUUAAUGAGGUGUUUAAUGAUGUUCGGUUACUGCUUAAUAAUGAUAAUCUUCUCAGGGAAGGAGCAGCCCAUGCAUUUGCACAGUAUAACCUGGACCAGUUUACUCCAGUAAAAAUUGAAGGUUAUGAAGAUCAGGUAUUGAUAACAGAACAUGGUGACUUGGGAAAUGGAAAGUUUUUGGAUCCAAAAAACAGAAUCUGUUUCAAAUUUGAUCACUUAAGAAAGGAAGCAACUGAUCCAAGACCCUAUGAAGCAGAAAAUGCAGUUGAAUCAUGGAGAACUUCAGUAGAAACUGCUCUGCGAGCUUAUGUAAAAGAACAUUAUCCGAAUGGAGUCUGCACUGUAUAUGGUAAAAAAAUAGAUGGGCAGCAAACCAUUAUUGCAUGCAUAGAAAGCCAUCAGUUUCAAGCAAAAAACUUUUGGAAUGGUCGUUGGAGGUCAGAGUGGAAGUUUACAAUCACUCCUUCAACCACUCAGGUGGUUGGCAUCUUGAAAAUUCAGGUUCAUUAUUAUGAAGAUGGUAAUGUUCAGCUAGUGAGUCAUAAAGAUAUACAAGAUUCCCUAACAGUGUCUAAUGAGGUGCAAACAGCAAAAGAAUUUAUAAAGAUUGUAGAGGCUGCAGAAAAUGAAUAUCAGACUGCCAUCAGUGAGAAUUAUCAGACAAUGUCGGACACUACUUUCAAAGCCUUACGUCGACAGUUGCCAGUUACACGCACUAAGAUUGAUUGGAACAAGAUCCUUAGCUACAAGAUUGGCAAAGAGAUGCAGAAUGCAUAA